AACAAUUCCCAAGCUCUUUCAAGAUGUCUGGUGAUGACAAAUCCCGCGCUGCGGCCGCCCAGCUUCUGAUCGACGAUGAACCGGAUGAGUGGGACAAGAGGAUCUUCAGCACAGGAUGCGCAGACGAAAACAUGAAGUUAACAGACUGCUAUUACGAAAAGAAGGAUUGGCGGGCGUGCAAGAUAGAGAUGGAGGUUUUUAAGCAGUGUUGGCAGAGGCAUGGUAACGACAAGCGGACAGAUUCAAAGAAUGCCAAGUAGCAGCUGUAAUUCUUGUAUCAUCAAGUGUAUUAUCAGAGAGUAAAAGUGGCCAAGGGACAGGACUGUAUUUCAAUUCACUGCACGAUCGAAGACUUGUAAUUAGGAACAUGUUGAGAUUCUUCAAGCCACCGUGUAAUUCCCACUGCUUCCAUAUAUCCUCCCAAUCGUGAAACGUCUCUUCGAAUAAUCCACCUCGCGACCGUGACAUUACACAUUAAACUACUUCUUCAGCUCAUAGAUGGGCGGCUGGACUUCAGGGUGAAAAGGCGACGUCGCAGUGCUUGCCUUCUUCUCGUCGAAUAUCCAAACCCCGUUGGUCAAGGUGUCGUUGACCUUCUCCCC